GCCGACUCCCCUCGGGAUUUAUCCCCACACAACCUGAGCGAAUAACCUUCUGGGCUUUCAUCGGUUCUAAGAUGUCCUCGCCCGAUAGAAAUCGUCGAGGAGGAGUGUCCACCCUGACUGCGGUUGAAUCAACCGCUACCGGCUUUCGAGAGAGUCUCGCA